GUCAGAACACACUGUCCACGAGCAAGUCCCGUGAGCAUCGUAGGUCACAAAGUUCAAGUAGCCAUAGACCAAACAUGCCGGUGACGUCAUCAGACAAAACCUGUUCCCCGGAUGUUCAUCAUCGUGAUUUCAAAGAGAACAAAUCAAACAGUGACUCCUCCCUGCGACACCAACGGAGCUCAUCCUCAAGUUCUUCUAAGCCACGCACCUCAUCCUCGAGUUCUACUCCCUCGUCCUCGAGUUCUGCCCCAUCAUCCUCGAGUUCUCCUCCCUCGUCCUCGAGUUCUGCCCCCUCAUCCUCGAGUUCUCCUCCCUCAUCCUCGAGUUCUGCCACCUCAUCCUCGAGUUCUGCCCCCUCAUCCACGAGUUGUGCCCCCUCAACCCCGGGCUCUUCCAAGCCCCGCCCCUCAUCCUCUUCGUCCAAGUCCGCGAAAAUGUCAGCGGGAAAGAAGUCUGAUUUAUUGGAUGGUCAAGACAAACUGUCCUCGAGAAAGUCACGUGAGCAUCGUAGGUCACAAAGUUCAAGUAGCCAUAGACCAAACAUGUCUGUGACGUCAUUAGACAAAACCUGUUCCCAAGAGGUUCUUCAUCGUGAUUCCAACGAGAAAAAAUCAAACAGUGACUCCUCGCUGCAAGAAAAACUCCAGCAGAGUUCAUCCUCGAGUUCUUCCAAGCCCCAUCCCUCACCCUCUUCAUCAAAGUCUGAGACAAUUUCAGCGGGAAAGAGGGCAGAUUCGUUGGAAGCUCAGAACAAACUGUCCACUAGAAAGUCCCGUGAGCAGAAUACGUCCUCGGGACUGCCUGUGUCGCUCACCACCAGGAAAGUCCCGGAUCAGGCGACCGGGGAACAGAAGGCGAAAAACAAACCUAGAAUCGUUCAGAAGCCCGUGAAAGAAAAAGAUGUGGAGAAACAGAAGAAAGCGGAGACGAGCUUAAAGAAGAUAGACCUGAAGAAACUGUUCCACUCUCUGUUUGAGGAUGACAGCGAGCCUGAUGAAGACAGCGAGAAAAAUAAAACGCUCACUCCGGAAACGUCUACAAAAAACGGUCAAACUAGUGAGCCUCACGCGUCCAGCUAUCUCAAAGACAAGAAAUCCAUGAGCAGCAAAUCUGACGACUGUCAGAAAAAACAUGGCGACAACAAAUCAGGUCACAUUCGCUCAUCGUCUACUGGACACCGCAAACUACAACAUUCCUCUGUAGACAAAGACAGAGUGUCGGAGACUCCGAGCAGUUCUAGCUCCAGCAAAUCCAACAGCGACUGUUCUGAGACGAAAAAACCUCAACCACGUUCACGAUCCCUCUCUUCCAGACCUCACUCCUCUUCCUCGUCACCAAAACCUCAGACAUCUUCGUCGAAAUCGGGAACUGUUGAAAUCGACGUUCGUGACAAAGUACCAUCAUCAGAAUCUGUGACAUCUUCGUCGAAACUAAAAACAGUCGGAAUCAACGAUCAGGACAAACUGUCAUCAAAACCUGUGACUUCUUCGUCGAAACAGACAACAGCUGAAAUCAACAGCCAGGACAAAAUAUCCCCGGAGAAAUCUCAGAAAAGAAAUCCAUCCCGCGAGGGAGCUGUGGAGCUUUCCAAACAUUACUUUAAACCUCUGGUGGAGAGACAGACCGCCCAAACCGCUCCGUCGCAGAUAUCGGAGAGAGAGAAGGUCCUCGCCCGUCUGCAGGCCAUUAAAGAGCGGACUCUGGCUGCCAUCCAAAAAGAGAACGUUCCGAGAGGUAAUCGAGGUAAAAAGGAGCAAAUGUCUCCCAGAGAUGGCUCCGGCAAACAGGAUGAGAAAGUCGUAAAGUCUGCUGAAAUUGUGCGUGACGUCAUUUCCUCUGAUGAAGACGAAUCUGUGGACAAUAACGUGCCGUCUGCCUUGGACAUCAUGCUGUCUGAGAGAGAAGCUAAACUAGAGAAGGAGAAGAUUGCCCGGUUGGCAAAGCAAGCCUGGGAAAGGGCUCAGAAGAAAGAUUACUCGAAAACGGAAAACAAAAACAGUCGGAAAAGGAAGUCGGUUCACAAAACCGACAGUGGCAGUAGCAGUAAGCAUUUCAAGCUUUCUCCCAGUCAGACGUCUGGGAACCAGGAGAAGAAAAAAGAACGCCGUCCGUCACCCUUAUCCGACAUGGAAACGAACCUCGUGCCAAGUAAGGCAAAGAAACUUAUCGUCAAACACUGCACAAGUGCUGCUCCUCCGCCCAUGGGCUUUCAGGCGCUUCUUGCAAUGGCUGAACAAAAUCAGAAAGAACCAACAAAACCGACCCCAUCUAUCUCAAAUAAGAAUAACAAAAAGGAGGAGAAAAGGCCAAUGACCCAGAAAGAGAAGGAGAGGAAGGAAAGACUUAAGUCCAAGAAGUAUCAGGAGUGGUUGAAAAAUGGUGGGAAAGCCCCAUGUCAGAAAAAAAUUUCCGUUGACGAAGCUUCUCCUCCGUCUUCGUCCCAAACACGAGCUCCGCCUUCGUCCAGUUCUUCACGAGACAAGUUUAAGCCAACACCAGUCAGCAAGCCUACGCCUUGCAUGGGUGUUAAAAUGUCACUGAACAACCACACGUCUUCUGUGAAUGCUAAACCGUCCUUGAACAAGCCCACGUCUUUUACGACCGCUAAAGCGUCAUUGAAAUCCCCCACGUCCUCAUGUGUGAGUUCUGACACGUCAUUGAAAAAGUCUACAUCUUCUACGUCCUCUAAACCGUCACUGAGCAAAUCCACGUCCUCUAUGAGCGCUAAAUCGUCACUGAGCAAGCAGCACAGAGGAGAGCCCCAGCGACCACCCAGCAACAACCACGUGACCAACAGAGGAAAAGCCAGCAGCGUCCCUCACAUGAACGAGACCCUCCUUGUGUGUGGGCCGGGCAGUGACAGCGAGGAGGAAGAACCAUCAGCUCUACACAGUUUUAACAAUCCUUUCGACAGGAUCGUUAGUCAGGUGCACAAACACAAGAGGUCACACCCACGCACACAGUCGGGCCCAACUCUUAAGAAGAAGAUGAGACUAGACAAUGAUUUUGACGAGGAGGAAGAUUCUGGUAUGGACGAUUUUAUCGAUGACAAUGAAGAGGGAAACGAUGUGAAUGUUUCCAAGGAGAUCCAGAGAAUGUUUGGCUAUGACAGAAGCAGGUAA